GCGGAGGCCCCCCCCCGCCCCCCAGUACCGGCGGCGGCGGCCCGUUGGCGGCCAGGCGCCGCUGAAGAGGCUCGGAGCGAGCGAGGCGGCGGCGGCGGAGGAGGAGGAGGAGGAGGAGGAGGAGGAGGAGGAGGCGGCGGCAGGAUGAAGUUCGCCGAGCACCUGGCGGCGCACAUCACCCCCGAGUGGCGGAAGCAGUACAUCCAGUAUGAGGCUUUGAAAGAGAUGCUAUAUGCAGCUGUGGACCAGGCCCCUUCUAUAGAAGACACAGAUGAAGACACAGUGAAAAGGUGUUUUGCCACGUUUGAAGAGAAGUUCUUCCAAACCUGCGAGAAAGAACUUGCCAAAAUCAACAUUUUCUAUUCAGAAAAGCUUGCAGAAGCUCAGCGCAGGUUCACUACUCUUCGGACGGAGUUACAGUCAACUUUGGACGCACAGAAAGAAGCCAGCGGGGCUUCCACGCUGCAGCGGCGCAGAAAGCCGGUCUUCCACCUGUCCCACGAAGAGCGUGUCCAGCAUAGGAAUAUCAAAGACCUGAAAUUGGCCUUCAGCGAGCUCUACCUCAGCCUCAUCUUACUGCAGAACUAUCAGAACCUGAACUUCACAGGCUUCCGCAAGAUCUUGAAGAAACAUGACAAGAACCUGGAGACGACACGAGGGGCGGAGUGGCGGGUGGCCGAGGUGGAGGUGGCACCCUUCUACACCUGCAAGAAAAUCAAUCAGCUUAUCUCCGAAACAGAGGAAGUGGUGACCAAUGAGUUAGAAGAUGGGGACAGACAGAAGGCUAUGAAACGUCUGCGUGUUCCACCUUUGGGAGCAGCUCAGCCUGUACCAGCCUGGACUACAUUCAGGGUUGGAUUGUUCUGUGGAUUGUUCAUUGCACUGAACGUGACUGUCAUACUUUCAGGUGUGGCUUUUAUAGAAGGACCAAAUGUGUGGCCACUGGUGAGAAUCUAUCGAGGUGGCUUUCUCCUGAUAGAAUUCCUCUUUCUCCUGGGUAUCAACACGUACGGCUGGAGACAGGCUGGAGUGAAUCAUGUCCUCAUCUUUGAACUCAAUCCCCGCAGCAACUUGUCCCAUCAACAUCUCUUUGAGAUUGCUGGAUUCCUGGGGGUUUUGUGGUGCCUGAGCCUGCUGGCAUGUAUAUAUGGUAAAUUCACCUACAUCCCUAUGCAGGUGAAUCCACUCAUCUUGUACGGCUUCAUGUUGCUUUUUCUCAUCAACCCUACCAAAACCUUAUAUUACAAGUCCCGUUUUUGGCUGCUCAAACUAUUGUUUAGAGUAUUCACAGCUCCCUUCCACAAAGUAGGCUUCGCAGAUUUCUGGUUGGCUGAUCAGCUCAACAGCCUGGUCGUGAUACUCAUGGAUCUGGAGUACAUGAUCUGCUUCUACAGCUUCGAGGUUCAGUGGGAGAACAAUGCUGGACUUCUGGCAAAUACAGAAAAUCAAAUUUGUUACAGCUACUCCUACGGAGUGAGAGCAGUUGUCCAGUGCAUCCCUGCUUGGUUGCGAUUCAUCCAGUGCCUGCGCCGUUACCGCGAUAAUAAACGGGCCUUUCAUCUGGUUAAUGCUGGAAAAUAUUCCACCACCUUCUUCGUGGUGACAUUUGCAGCCCUCUACAGCACUCACAAAGCUAAAAACCACAGUGACACCCAAGUGUUCUUCUACCUGUGGAUUAUCUUCUAUUUCAUCAGCUCUUGCUAUACGCUCAUUUGGGACCUGAAGAUGGACUGGGGUCUCUUUGACAAAAAUGCUGGUGAAAAUACCUUUCUCCGAGAAGGAAUUGUCUACCCACAGAAAGCAUACUACUAUUGUGCCAUUGUAGAGGACGUGAUCCUGCGUUUUGCGUGGACCAUCCAGAUCUCCCUCACCUCCAUGCAAAUCUUUCCGUAUGCUGGGGACAUCAUUUCUACUGUUUUUGCCCCACUUGAGGUUUUCAGGCGGUUUGUGUGGAACUUCUUCCGUCUGGAGAACGAGCACCUGAACAACUGUGGGGAGUUCCGUGCCGUGAGGGACAUCUCCGUGGCACCGCUCAACGCCGAUGACCUGACGCUCUUGGAUCAGAUGAUGGACCAGGAAGAUGGUGUACGAAAUCGCCGUAAGAACAAACAGUGGAAGCGCAGCCAGAGCAUAUCCUUGCGCAGACCUCGUCUUGCUUCACAGUCCAAGGCUUCUGACACUAAGGUAUUGAUAGAGGACCUAGCGAAAGAAGUGAACACAUGAAACGGCCACGGUCUUUUAUUCCGCAUCCUUUGUUUUCUCAUUCUGCUCCCCUCUUCCCCAAGUAACCCAGUCUCUGGUACAGUUCCAGCUGAAAACAGGAGAAAACACUGAACACGUUUUCCGAGCUCUUCCAGACCAGAUCCUAUGGACUCCAACAAGCUCACUGUGUUUCAUUUCUUUUCUUCUGGGUUAAUUUUGAUGUUCUAUUUUAAAAAUAAAAUAUUUUACUUUCUUUUGCCAAUAAAAAGGACAGUUCAGGAAAGAAGGAUUGUUUACAGUCUCAACAAGGACAUACAAACCUGUCUGGAUAAAGAAGCAUCGCAUCAUAGGGACUCCCUCAUGGGACAGUGCCGAGAACACCCUCGGUUUCUGCUUGGCCCGGUUUUGACUGGUUGAAACCGGACUUAAGUUUUUAAAUCUGAUUUUUUUUUUUUUUUUUUUUUUUUCUUCAUAUCCAGCGCUGAGGCACUGGCUGCACUUGCAGGGAAAGUGCACUUAGAGCAGUAUCUUCAUUCAUGAAGCUACUUUUUAAUUUGAUGUAACUUUUCUUAUAAGUUUUUGGAAAUAUGAUGUAUCUGUUGCGUAUAGUUUUCACAUUAUUUAUGAAACCUAACAAC